GUCGGUACCGUCAAAGGGAAUGUGGUAGCCCCCGACACGAUCUUACUGAUGGCGGAGUCAAAUCUUCAAACGCGCAUUGGAUCGUAACGGGACAUCGGAGGUGGAUACCGACAAAGGGAAUAUGGUACCUUGCUGCAUUCAUCUCGAGAUACAACUUUACGUUAAGCGUACCGUGUCCAGGACCUUAGAUACCAUCUGGACUUCUUCGGUUCGGUUCUUUUGUCCGAUGAAUUCUAGAGAAACACGGCAUUUCUUUGGCUUCAAAUGCAUUCUGUCUAAAUUUGUAGGAACUCUUUCGGCAUUUUAAUUUAUUUUACCCUAUAAAUUAUUCAAUAAACUUUAUUUCAUUUCCAAAUUCAAUAAGUGUGUAAUUUGUGUUCUAGUUUUCCGAUAGUAAGCAUGGGUACGAGUGAGUGCAACUUGGUCUUUUAUAGCGUAGGGAAUCCAGUGAUUGUUGAGUGCGAGAUAUGCGUUACUACGCUGGUGUUCCCAGUUCCAAGUUCUAAAGGAGAAAGACGUAUUUAAUGGGUCCAAAAGUGCCGCAAGAAAAGUUGUUGCGAACAUUGGUUUCUGCUAUCAAAAAGAUAAUCGAAGAAGAGGUUUAAUGGAGUUAUCCAAUAUUGCACUACAUCAAUGGUGUCAAAAACAAAUGAUUCAGAUUGCUAUGGGGAAAUAAACAUGGGCAGCUUUUUUAAGUGGUUCGGGGACCAUUUGCUACCAAAUUUAGAAGUAGGUACCAUCGCUGAUUGUUAUACACAAUGCAAGUUAUCACAGUAGUUUGCUGGAAAAUUGUUUAGAUACGUGGCAACACGUCAUUGAUGCAGUUACUGAUAUAUGAAAACGCACUGUAGAACCUUUAAUAGAAAGGGAAGCAGCUUAUGAUCAUGCAAGGUCAAGGACAAGGUCAAUGGAGACGAGUAACAUUUUUUGAUGCAAUAUAUUAGUGUAAACGUGUGCCACAUCGUAUUUGAUAAAGCAUUACUCAAAGAUAUAAUUCUACAAUGUUGUUGCGAAUUAUUGUCAGAGAAAACAACGAUUAAAAAUAGCUCGUACUGCGCUCUUCUUUAACUAGUAUAAAUUCUUACAUUGCCUACUGAUAUUAUUUACUGAUCUGUCUAUUAUCGGUUAACAGUUGCUGUAAAACUGAUCUUCCAUUCCACGUUCCCAGUUCGGCGGAAUAAGCCACAAAAAUUACACAAAUAUUUGAUCACAUCCGCGUUUAAGAAUCUUGUCAAAACAAACUGUUAUUCAGAGAAGACUAGGUGUUUGAGUUACAGUUGUAAAUUUCUUUUUCGCUUUUCGUUUCGAAAGAAAGCAAAUAGGGAUAAUGAUAAUGAUAUGCGACUAUGCCCUAGUGAUACUAUCAAGGCGACUUUAUAAAGAUAAUUGCUAACGUUUUGCAAUCUUUUACAGCGAAAUGGUUAGAAAAUUAUUGAUAAUCUGUUUUAUUGUGCUUGUUUCGAGUGUAUUCGGCCAAGAUCUGUCUUCCGAAGACGCCGCCAUUGAAGACUUUAAUGACGACGAUAUUGAAGGAUUUUAUUUGGAACGUGGAGAUGGGGGAGCAGGUAAUCAACGUCGUAAACGCGAUGCAAAUUCAGGGUCGAAGGAGUCUUCUGAAGAAAAGAAAAAAGACAAAGUAAUUUUUAUAGAUCAAAAAAGGAAAUCGGGUGAAUCCUCUGAAGAGCAAAAAUCAAAAGACGACAAGCAGAUAGUUCAUGAUUCCUCCGAACAAGGGCCAGGAAACUAUAAGGACGGAAUAAAGAAAUCGGACGGUAAAUCUCACGAUUCCUCUGAAGAAGGGUCGGGAGACUCUAAGGGAGGAAUCAAGAAACCGGGCGAUAAAUCUCACGAUUCCUCUAAAGAGCAGAAAGAAAAUCUAAAAGACGACAAAAAGAAACCAGGGGACAAAGGUGAUUCGAAUGAAAAGGAUGAUAAAAAGAACCCUGACAAGAAACGAGAUUCAAGCGAAAAAGAUAAUUCUUCUGAAAAAGCCAAAGGGGACAAAGGGGGUUCAAAGGAAAAAGAUGAUCAAAAGAAACCUGGUGACAAACGGGAUUCAAGGGAAAACAAUUCUUCGGAAGAAGGCAAAGGCAAAGACAACAAAAAAACACCGGGGGACAAAGGUAAUUCGAAAGAAAAGGAUGAUAAAAAGAAACCUGGCAACAAACGGGAUUCAAGUGAGAAAUAUAAUUCUUCUGAAGAAGCCAAAGGAGAGAAGGGUGGUUCAAAGGAAAAAGAUGAUAAAAAGAAACCCGGUGACAAACGGGAUUCAAAGGAAAACAAUUCUUCGGAAGAAGGCAAAGGCAAAGACGACAGAAAGAGACCAGGGGGCAAAGAUAAUUCAAAAGAAAAGGACGAUAAAAAGAAACCUGGUAACAAACGGGAUUCAAGUGAGAAAGAUAAUUCUUCUGAAGAAGGCAAAGGAGAGAAAGGUGGUUCAAAGGAAAAAUAUGACAAAAAGAAACCUGGUGACAAACGGGAUUCAAAGGAAAACAAUUCAUCGGAAGAACUUAAAGGCAAAGACGACAGAAAGAGACCAGGUGACAAACGGGAUUCAAAGGAAAACAAUUCUUCGGAAGAAGGCAAAGGCAAAGACGACAAAAAGACACCAGCAGACAAAGAUAAUUCGAAAGAAAAGGAUGAUAAAAAGAAACCGGGCGACAAACGGGAUUCAAGUGAGAAGGAUAAUUCUUCUGAAGAAACCAAAGGAAGCAAAGCUGAUUCGAAAGAAAAGGAUGAUAAAAAGAAACCUGGCGAUAAACGGGAUUCAAGUGAAAAGGGUAAUUCUUCUGAAGAAGACAAAGGAGGCAAAGGCGGUUUAAAAGAAAAGGAUGAUAAAAAGAAACCAGGCGAUAAACGGGAUUCAAGUGAGAAGGGUAAUUCUUCUGAAGAAAACAAAGGAGGCAAAGGUGAUUCGAAAGAGAAGGAUGAUCAAAAGAAACCUGAUGGCGAUAAACGGGAUUCAAGUGAGAAGGGUAAUUCUUCUGAAGAAGACAAAGGAAACAAAGGUGACUCGAAAGAAAAAGAUGAUAAAAAGAAACCUGGUGACAAACAGGAUUCAAGUGAGAAGGGUAAUUCUUCUGAAGAAGGCCAAGGUGAGCACAACCCUCUUUGCCUUUUUAAUUGUUUGCAACGUAAUUACGUGAUUUAUUUAAACGUUUAUUUAUAUAAAAUUAAUUAUUAGUAUUUACAAGAACUAACAUAAAACGGUUUAUA